AUGUCCAAGAGAGGCGGCGGUAAUGCCUCCGGCACGAAAUACAAAAUGUCCUACGGCGUCCCCGUCGGCGCGGUGGUGAACUGCGCGGACAACACCGGGGCGAAGAACUUGUAUUUGAUCGCCGUGAAGCGAUGGGGCUCGCGACAAAACCGCUUGCCGGCGGCGAACCCCGGUUCGAUGGUCAUGGCGACGGUGAAGAAGGGGAAGCCGGAUUUGCGUAAAAAGGUUUUCCCGGCCAUCAUCGUGCGUCAGCGCAAGCCGAUUCGACGCAAGGAAGGGUUGAUCAUUUACUUUGAGGACAACGCGGGGGUGAUUUGCAACCCGAAGGGCGAGAUGAAGGGGAGCGCCAUCGCGGGGCCGGUGGCGAAGGAGUGCGCCGAUCUCUGGCCGCGUGUGGCCAGCGCGGCGAGCUCUAUCAUCUAG